AUGACUACUUGUAGUAUAGUAGUAGUAGUAGUAGUAGUAGUAGUAGUAGUAGUAGUAGUAGUAGUAGUAGUAGUAGUAGUAGUAGUAGUAGUAGUGGUAGUAGUAGUAGUAGUAGUAGUAGUAGUAGUAGUAGUAGUAGUAGUAGGAGUGGUAGUGGUAGUAGUAGUAGCAGUAGUAGUAGUAGAAGAAGAAGUAGUAGUAGUAGUAGUAGUUGUCGUAGUAGUAGUAGUAGUAGUAGUAGUUCAUCUAGCUCCACGUACAGAAGUUUCAAGUGUCAGGACCUACGAGAACGUCGUGCCCUCUGAGAACAGCGCCAUCGUCGCCGACGCGGGCCGUGUCAGCUUCGCGACUGAGGCCUUCCUGGACCAACGACGCUCCGUUGGCUUCGCAGCGGAGGAUGGGCACACGUACUGUGUCGCUCCUGUGGCCAGCCGUGUGUCGCGCACAGCGGAAGUCAACUUCUGGGCGGUCGGUGUGGACUGCUGCUCCCUGCAAGGCCACUUUGAGUGCUCAAUCCAGGCCCAGCGUGCUGGAUCAGGCCUGGCAUGGUAA